AUGCUUCCUCGCACAAUUACUCGCGGACUCCCACGCGCUGCUUUCGCUCGCACUCCCGCCUCCAGACUCCCUGCCUCAUUCCGGAGAUGGAACUCCACAGAGGGUGGUGAGGAGAAGGUGAAGGGCCAGGUCAUCGGUAUUGAUCUUGGUACCACCAACUCUGCCGUGGCUGUUAUGGAGGGCAAGACCCCUAAGAUCAUUGAGAACGCUGAAGGUGCUCGCACUACUCCCUCCGUUGUUGGUUUCGCCCAGGAUGGCGAGCGCUUGGUCGGUAUUGCCGCUAAGCGUCAGGCCGUUGUCAACCCCGAGAACACUCUGUUCGCUACCAAGCGUCUGAUCGGUCGCAAGUACACCGAUGCUGAGGUCCAGCGUGACAUUAAGGAGGUCCCCUACAAGAUCGUCCAGCACACCAACGGCGACGCCUGGGUUGAGGCCCGUGGCCAGAAGUACUCUCCUUCCCAGCCCGUUAAGAACGCCGUUGUUACUGUGCCCGCCUACUUCAACGACUCUCAGCGUCAGGCUACCAAGGAUGCUGGUCAGAUUGCCGGCCUGAACGUUCUCCGUGUCGUGAACGAGCCUACCGCUGCUGCUCUUGCCUACGGUAUGGAGAAGGAGGCUGACCGUGUCGUCGCCGUCUACGAUCUCGGUGGUGGUACCUUCGAUAUCUCCGUCCUUGAGAUCCAGAAGGGUGUCUUCGAGGUCAAGUCCACCAACGGUGACACCCACCUUGGUGGUGAGGACUUCGAUAUUCACCUCGUCCGCAACAUCAUCAACGAGUUCAAGAAGGAGACCGGUGUCGACCUUACCGGCGACCGUAUGGCCGUCCAGCGUAUCCGUGAGGCCGCCGAGAAGGCCAAGAUCGAGCUGUCCUCUUCCCUCCAGACUGAGAUCAGUCUUCCCUUCAUCACUGCCGGCGCCAGCGGAGCUUUGCACAUCACUCAGAAGAUGACCCGUUCUCAGCUCGAGGGUCUGGUUGAGCCCCUUAUCGGCCGCACCGUUGAGCCCGUCCGCAAGGCCCUGAAGGAUGCCAACCUCCAGUCUGGCGACAUUCAGGAUAUCAUCCUGGUCGGUGGUAUGACCCGUAUGCCCAAGGUCACUGAGUCCGUCAAGUCCAUCUUCGGCCGUGAGCCCUCCAAGUCUGUCAACCCCGACGAGGCUGUUGCCAUCGGUGCCGCUAUUCAGGGUGCCGUCCUGGCUGGUGAGGUCACUGACGUCCUCCUGCUCGAUGUCACUCCUCUUUCCCUCGGUAUCGAGACCCUCGGCGGUGUCUUCACCCGUCUGAUCAACCGCAACACCACCAUCCCCACCAAGAAGUCCCAGACCUUCUCCACCGCUGCUGACAUGCAGACCGCUGUCGAGAUCAAGGUCUACCAGGGUGAGCGUGAGCUCGUCCGUGACAACAAGAUGCUGGGCAACUUCCAGCUUGUUGGCAUUCCCCCCGCUCACCGCGGUGUCCCCCAGAUCGAGGUCACCUUCGACAUUGACGCUGACUCCAUCGUCCACGUCAACGCUAAGGACAAGUCCACCAACAAGGACCAGUCCAUCACCAUUGCCUCCGGUUCCGGUCUUUCCGAUGCCGAGAUCCAGUCCAUGGUUGAGGACUCCGAGAAGUACGCUGAGGCUGAUAAGGAGCGCAAGGCCGCCAUUGAGGCUGCCAACCGCGCCGACAGCGUCCUGAACGACACUGAGAAGGCCCUCAAGGACUUCGAGGACCGUCUUGACAAGGCCGAGGCUGAGACCAUCAAGGAGAAGAUCGCUACUCUCCGUGAGUUCGUCGUCAAGAGCCAGUCCGGCGAGAGCACCACCACUGCUGAGGAGCUCAAGGAGAAGGUCGACGACCUCCAGACUGCCAGCUUGACCCUCUUCGACAAGAUGCACAAGGCCAACAGCGAGCAGCAGCAACAGCAGCAGCAGGGUGGUGAGCAGCAGGGUGAGAACAAGCAGUAA